GAGCGCUGCCCCGCGUCAAGCAGAGCGCCAGGCGCUGACAGGAAGCCUCCGCGCCCGGCCCGGGGGCGAUCGGCCCGUAGCGCCCCCGGGUCUCUCCCCGGGGCGCCAUGGCCCCACUGAGGCCAGGCGCACUUGAGGGGCCCCGGGCGCGUCAGCUCGCGCGCAGCUGAACGGGGUGCAGCUUGGAGAGGGCCGGGGCCCCCUGGGGUGCAGGUGGGGGCUGCGGCCAUGGAGCCCCCGGCCGUCCCCUCAGAGAGGAGCCUAUCUCUGUCUCUGCCCGGGCCCCGGGAUGGCCAGGCCACCCUGAAGCCGCCCCCCCAGCACCUGUGGCGGCAGCCGAGGACCCCCAUCCGUAUCCAGCAGCGCGGCUACUCGGACAGCGCGGAGCGCGCCGAGCCCGAGCGGCCGCCACACCGGCCCAUAGAGCGCGCCGACGCCGUGGACACCGGCGACCGGCCCGGCCUGCGCACGUCCCGUAUGUCCUGGCCCUCGUCAUUUCACGGCUCCGGCACCGGCAGCGGCAGCGCGGGCGGAGGCAGCUGCAGGCGCUUGGAGGCGGAGAAUGGGCCGACGCCAUCGCCAGGCCGCAGCCCCCUGGACUCGCAGGCGAGCCCGGGCCUCGUGCUACACGCUGGGGCGGCCACCAGCCAGCGCCGAGAAUCCUUUCUUUACCGCUCAGACAGCGACUAUGACAUGUCACCCAAGACCAUGUCCCGGAACUCGUCGGUCACCAGCGAGGCGCACGCAGAGGACCUCAUCGUGACACCAUUCGCCCAGGUGCUGGCCAGUCUCCGGAGCGUUCGCAGCAACUUCUCCCUCCUGACCAAUGUACCCAUUCCCAGCAACAAGCGGUCCCCGCUGGGCGGCCCAACCCCCGUCUGCAAGGCCACACUAUCAGAAGAGACGUGUCAGCAGUUGGCCCGGGAGACGCUGGAGGAGCUCGACUGGUGUCUGGAGCAGCUGGAGACCAUGCAGACCUACCGCUCUGUCAGCGAGAUGGCGUCCCACAAGUUCAAGAGAAUGCUAAACCGUGAACUCACACACCUGUCAGAGAUGAGCAGGUCAGGAAACCAGGUCUCUGAGUACAUCUCCACCACAUUCCUAGACAAGCAGAAUGAAGUGGAGAUCCCAUCACCCGCAAUGAAGGAUCGAGAAAAACAGCAAGUGCCACGGCAGAGACCUUCCCAGCAGCCUCCGCCGCCUGGGCCACAGUUCCAGCCGAUGUCUCAGAUCACCGGGGUGAAGAAGCUGAUGCAUAGCAGCAGCCUGAACGAUUCCAGCAUCCCCCGCUUUGGGGUGAAGACCGAUCAAGAGGAACUCCUGGCCCAAGAAUUGGAAAAUCUGAACAAGUGGGGCCUGAACAUCUUUUGCGUGUCGGACUAUGCAGGGGGCCGUUCCCUCAGCUGCAUCAUGUACACGAUAUUCCAGGAGCGGGACCUGCUGAAAAAGUUCCGCAUCCCGGUGGACACGAUGGUGACAUACAUGCUGACCCUGGAGGACCACUACCACCCCGAUGUGGCCUACCACAACAGCCUGCACGCGGCUGACGUGCUGCAGUCCACCCACGUGCUGCUGGCCACACCUGCGCUGGAUGCCGUGUUCACGGACCUGGAGAUUCUCGCCGCCCUCUUCGCAGCUUCCAUCCAUGAUGUGGACCACCCUGGCGUCUCCAACCAGUUCCUCAUCAACACCAAUUCUGAACUGGCGCUCAUGUACAAUGACGAGUCGGUGCUGGAGAAUCACCACCUGGCCGUGGGCUUCAAGCUGCUGCAGGAAGACAACUGCGACAUUUUCCAGAACCUCAGCAAGCGCCAGCGGCAAAGCCUGCGCAAGAUGGUCAUCGACAUGGUGCUGGCCACGGACAUGUCCAAGCACAUGACCCUCCUGGCUGACCUGAAGACCAUGGUGGAGACCAAGAAAGUGACCAGCUCGGGGGUGCUCUUGCUGGAUAACUAUGCCGACCGCAUCCAGGUCCUACGGAACAUGGUGCACUGUGCAGAUCUCAGCAACCCCACCAAGCCGCUGGAGCUGUACCGCCAGUGGACCGACCGCAUCAUGGCCGAGUUCUUCCAGCAGGGCGACCGUGAACGCGAACGUGGCAUGGAGAUCAGCCCCAUGUGCGACAAGCACACGGCCUCGGUGGAGAAGUCUCAGGUGGGUUUCAUCGACUACAUUGUACACCCGCUGUGGGAGACGUGGGCUGACUUGGUUCACCCAGAUGCCCAAGAGAUCCUGGACACUUUGGAGGACAACCGGGACUGGUACUACAGCGCCAUUCGGCAGAGUCCAUCGCCACCACCCGAGGAGGAGCCCGGGGGACCAGGCCACCCCCCUCCACUGGAUAAGUUCCAGUUUGAGCUGACGCUGGAGGAGGAAGAAGAGGAGGAGGUGUCCACUGCCCCAGGUGCAACGGAAGUGCAGGAAUUGUCCACCGCCCAGGAUGUGUUCCCAGCUGAGGAACCAUUGGAGAUCAAUGGCCAGGACCAGUCUACGGAGGUGGAGGUAGAGGAAAUGUACUUGACCCAGCAAGCAGACUCAGCAGAUAGUGUGGCUGAGGGUCAGGACGCGUCCACGCCCCCAGAUGCAUCUGUACGCUGCAGCAGCCCCCCUGCCCUGUCUCCUGAGAGCCUCCCUCUGCCUGUCUUGAGGACCCCGCCCCCUCCAGAGGAGGACCCGGGCCUUCUGGGCCUCCCCUCCACGGCGGCCGAGGUGGGGGCCCAAAAAGAGGAUCAGGCUGCCAAAAGGGCGUGCUGUGCCUGCACAGGACCAUCGGGCGAGGAUCCAUCCACACUCCCAGCUCCUGGAGGGUGGGGGUCAGCUGGAGGCCCUACCUGAGCCUCGGCCUCUACACCCUGUUGGCCUCCCUGCCUCCCGCCACCACCAUCACCCCCCCACCUCCUCCACUGCCUCAAAGACUCUUGGGCCUCCUGAGAAAAAAGAAAACAGAAAAGUGGGGUUUUUUCUCUUUUCUUUUUUUCCCCUUUCCCCCCACCCCCUCCCAUGGGGCCUCUUUUUGGAGGUGGGGGCUGGGGAACAAGGGGCUGAGGUCCCGGAAGGGAUUUUAUUUUUGGAAUUUUAAUUGUUACAUUUUUAGAAAAAAAAACCAAAAAAAAACCAAAAAAACCCAGGAUGAAACACAGCAACUGUAGAUGCUCCCGUUCCCAGCUCCCCUCAGCCAGCUGCAACCCCCUCCCCCCGCUUCCCCCCCAGAGCCCCACGUUCC